AACUGCCCGCACCAUCACACACUCAUACCGUCACUAGUUCCCGACGAGGGAAUAGCUUUUUACUUCACUCAUCAACAUCAACAAGAUGAUCCUGUGUUGGAUUUUGGCUCUCAUGAUGGUUCCAUUUGUGUGUGCAGAACCACAAGGGUAUUGUAAACCCGACUGCACUCAACCACCCCCAAGUUUACAAGUGGUGAACCCUUACAACUGUCACCAGUACUAUUUAUGUGGUCCUGAUCAAACACCUUUGGGCCCUCUCAAUUGCUCCGAGGGUGAGAUUUUUAGUAAUAUUGACAAUAAAUGUAUUCCUGGUAGUAGAUGCGACAACCUUUGCUCUGGACAAUGUAGAUACACCUGUGGUGACCCUGAUGGACCUGACGAAAUGGGUGACCGCUACGACUCUUCAGUUUUCUAUACAUGUGACGAUAAUAGAAAACGUCACCCACAACAUUGUCCCACCAAACAAUUCUUUGAUGGAUUAAAAUGUCAAAAAGACGAAGCUAAGGGUUGUGCCUGUAAACCAUUCUGUUCGGUGGAUGAUGUGGGUAAGUUUGUUAUAGACCCAACAGAUUGCACGAAUUAUUAUUUCUGCGUGCAAGAAGGCACCCCAGAUAGUCGAUUCACGUGUGCAGAUGGCACUAAUUUUGACAUUAUGAGUGGCGAGUGCCUGGCCACAGCUCCCUGCUUCAAGCUCUGUAUCAACGCCGUGCAGCCUAACGGAUGCAUUGAUAGAUAUACAUGUUUGUCUACUGGCAACCAUCCCAAGUGCGUCCAGAGAUGUGACCACCACUUUUACCAAUGUCACUCUAGUGACUUAGGUCACAUCAUCCAAGAAACAAAAUGUCUGGACAGCGCACUCUACUACCAUCCAGACAACAGUCAGUGUGUGAAGAGGGAGGACUGCCCUUAUCCCGACCCAGGAGUGUAAUAGUCCUUGUGGAAUGUAAUGUACUGUAUGUGAUUUUGUCUCCACCAUAACCAGUCCACCGCUUAAGUCUUACACUCCUGUUCUACCUUCUACUCUGAUGCUUAAUAUCUUUCAACACACCACCAGUGAAGUGUGUUCCUUUUUCUGCUUUCGUUACUGUCUAAAUUUCUUAAAAAUUUAUUAAAUGUUUUUCACGACAAUCAGAACAAAUUAUUUCAUAAAUAAUUAUACUUGAUAAUAGCGAUGCUGCGAAAAUCAUUUAUUCAUUUUGUAAGCAACUAAUGCACUUUGCUGUUUGACUUCCGUAUUUGUUUGACUCCCGUGAUUGUUUGACUCCUUUAAUUAUUUGAUUCUCUUAAUUGUUUGACUCCCGUAAUUGUUUA